CCAAGCCUCGCGACCGAAUGCAGCCGCGACAAACUCCGAUGCGCUAAGUCUACACUUUAAACCCCAGACCUUUUUCUUCGCGGGGGUUUGGGUUCUGAACCGAGGCUCGUGUCGUCACCCCAUCGUAGUUGCACGCGGCUGGGAAAUAAAGCAACCGCCUACAUCGACACAGUCAUUACUUUACUUUUUAUUUCAACUGCCUAGGCAUACUUCCAACGCCUGUAUCCAACGCAAAACACAAUCACUAAAGAAACGGAAAGAAAUAGUAAACCCAGCUAGCUAGCUGCUGCUGCGACCACCUCCACUUUUACAAUUAACCAUCUAAAAAUCAACAAGGACCCGUCAAAUCAACAAGACACUUAAUGCCAUACAUUUCCUAGCCCAUGCAAUGUACUCCGCAACGCGGCGAUGGCUUCGCCGCAACAGAACUCCAAUCGCUGUCGGCGCCGGCGUCAUAGGCGCAGGCUAUCUCGUUUCCCGAUAUGUGAUUGGCAAGAUCAAUGACGCGCGGGAGAGGAUGAGUAGCGACCGCAUCGCCAAAGAGAAUCUCCGACGGCGCUUCGAACAGAACCAAGAAGACUGCACCUUUACCGUGUUGGCGCUCUUGCCUACCGCUACCCAAAAUGUUCUCGAGGCUAUGGAUACAGAGAAGAUCACAUACGAGAUCCAGCAGUUGAAAGCCAGGCCGGCAGGACCACCGAGCAUAGCCGACACCACCCUCACUGAAGAUGAUGGCCGCAGCGUCUCUGCCUCUGGUACUGCGAAUAGCGCUCCGGCUACCGAAUCUGACCCCCAACCACAGCCCGCAGAAGCCGCCGCCGCGAACGCCUCUCGGAAGACCAAGCGACAGCUAUGGGACGACCUAGCCAUAAGCUCAAUCACGAGAGCUUUUACCCUCCUCUACGUCCUCGCUCUGUUGACCAUGCUUACGCGCAUUCAGCUCAACCUUCUCGGUCGCCGGAGCUACUUAUCAAGUGUCAUCACUCUGGCUACAGGGUCUGCCCAGGCCUCGAUUGGACUGGAGAACAACGAUGACGAUAGCCCGGACGUCGUCUAUGGCAGCGACUUCGACGUGAACCGGAGAUAUCUGACCUUUAGUUGGUGGCUGCUGAACAAAGGCUGGGCUGAGCUCAGGGACCGCGUGGAAGUCGCUGUCCGGGGCGCGUUUGGUCAUCUCAGCCCACGUGAUGAACUCUCUCUCGACAUGUUUGGCAGGCUCACGAAGCAGGUUCGGGAUGAAGUUGAGGCCGACGUCAAAUGGUUAGCGUUUUUGCUGCCACCGCGAGACCAGGAGGACUCUGUGCUUGCAGAGUCGGGCAUCCUGGGCGAGUCCGAGACGGCCGCCGGCGCAGACGGAAGCAUGAUUGUCGUCCAGUCGCAGUCUCCCGUUGUUCCACCGCCGCUGCGUCGCCUGCUGGAUGAGACGUCGGACAUCAUUGACUCGCCUGCAUUCUCCCACGUGCUCGGUAAGAUCCUCGACGCCGGAUUCUCGACCCUAAUCGAGGGCGAGCUCGCCCAAUCUGUCUUCGGCUCGGGUGGCGUCCCCAAGCCCACAGUGCAGCUACCAAAGGUGCUAUCCUGCCUGACGCGUCAGGCGCAUGCCGUCGGCAACGGCAUGCCCAACAAGUACCUACAGGCCAUGGAGACGGUGCGCGAGCUCGAGGGCUUCGCGGCCGUUGUGUACUCUAGCAACUGGCAGAAUGAGAUGCGGGACGAUGAGGGUGACACCAUGGCUGGAAGCGCAGCUGUCAUCGUGCCACCCACCGAAUCCUUUGAGGCUGCCUGGAACCGGGCUGUGGAAGGCCGGCAGGCAUCAUAGGAACGCGUCUCGAGCUCUUCUCCAAUACCGUUUGAUGCUUGCCUGGAUUUUGCUCAGGCAUUCUGUAUUAUAUUACUUUGUAAUUCCUCGGGUAUGGAUUACGAUGGUUUCAUAGACAUAGGAUAGGCUGCAAUGAAUCAAAGCGCUAUGGAGUCUAGAAGUGC